UCCGGUAGGCUAACAACGACAGGAGUGUAGCCGUGACCUCGGUAACAAAUUCUGGCGCCUCGGUUCCUCAAUUUAGUGGAACAGCAGCUGUUUCUCAAUGUCAAGGAAGGAUCCUUCGAAUCCCACCAAGGACUGAGUCCUUCGUUCGGAGAAUUUCCCAUAGACGGCGAAGGAUGCAUGUGUAUCCUUCGCGCUCCUAUAUUACCCACCAUCCUAUGCGCACGGCUUUGCCAGCUCGUAAACAAAAAAAAAAUUGACGGGGCAAUAUGUUUUUAAAUCACAGAGUUGAUGAGGCGGGUGCGUCGUUUUCAAAUCGCUCAGUACAACUGCUUGGUGAUCAAGUAUGCUAGAGACACACGGUAUUCUGAAACGGGAAUGGCCACGCAUGACAAAAGCACGAUGGAAGCAGUGCCUGCCAACUGCCUGGAAGACGUACGCUCACUGGCCAAGCGCGCUUGUGUCAUCGGCAUCGACGAGGGACAGUUUUUCCCAGACACGGUGGAGUUCUGUGAAGAGAUGGCCAACAUGGGGAAAACCAUAAUUGUGGCAGCCCUGGACGGAACCUUCCAGAGAAAGCCGUUUGGUAACAUCCUGAACCUUGUCCCUCUUGCGGAGAGCGUGGUGAAGCUCAAUGCAGUCUGUAUGCAGUGUUUCAAGGAGGCUGCCUAUACCAAGAGACUGGGGGCUGAGAAGGAGGUGGAGGUGAUUGGUGGAGCCGAUAAGUACCACGCGGUAUGCAGGAAGUGUUACGGCAACCUGAUGAACAAUGUGGAGAAAGAGAACAGCGCCCCCUUAAGGGACGAGACGCCACCGCAUGUCCUGAUGGGAAAAACGCUGGAAAGUGCCACCGUACCACGGAAACUCUUCUCUUCGUUGCACCUAUGAAACUCUUCGCCUUGUUGCACAUAUGACCAUGCUCUGAAGGGUAGACCGCCGUUAGAGAAAUGGAUCAACAUGGUGACUUUAAAGGGAUAGUUGACUGAUUUUAAAGGACUUGUUCACCAAGGUGACUUUAAAGGGGUAGUUCACUCAGAAUUUUAACAUGGGUAGUUGAAUGAAAUUGCUGGUUUGAGAUGAAUUAUCCCUUAGAUUUUAGGUUUGGUAUUUUACUAAUGGACAAUAUUGCUUUUUGGUGUCUAAUGUCCUUCUAAUUGGAGAAGGGAACUAUACCUUCUGUGUUUUCCAAGUUUAGUAUUUAAGUGAGCUAGAAUUAAGAAUGACGCACCAUCAAUGCCUUGAACUGUGUAGUAUGCGUGUGGUCUGUGAGCUUGUAGUUCAUGUCCAUGCCUUAAAUCAUAUACUUGACUGUAAAUAUUCUAAUACACUGACCAUAUUAGUACCUUCUGUUUUUGUUCAACUUGUAGAGCAAACAAGCCACCAAUACCCGCACUGCCAUUGAGUCUCUAAGAAUUGUAUGUUCAACUGUUAUGAGUUUGCAUAAUACUGGUCAUACUGACACUUAAGUAAAUACAUGUUAUGUUAUUUUUUUUAGAAUUUUCCAUGGUUGUUUUUUCCCGGAUUUUGCACAUGAUGUUUAAGUCAAACCCAACUGGUUGUGUUCAUGUUGUUCAUUGAACCAGAACCUGACAACAGUUGGAAAAGAGGGAGGGGCUUAGUUGCCACUACACUUAUAGAACUGUUCAAGUCCCUUUAAAAAAAAAAAAAU